AUGCCAUUUGAUAUUAGUAAACUUGCAAGAGCACAAUUGCUUACUUUAGAACCGUACAGAUGUGCACGUGAUGAUUUUAAAGAAGGUAUUUUGUUGGAUGCUAACGAAAAUACUCAUGGUCCAUCAUUCCAGGGAAUGACACAACAGGAGAAGGAGUUAUCAUUGAACAGAUAUCCGGAUCCACACCAGCAUGAAUUGAAGAAACAAAUUGUUGAGUUUAGAAAUGCAGAAAGAGAGGGCGGCGACUUAGGCAUCGAAAAUCUCUGUCUCGGUGUUGGUAGUGAUGAAAGUAUUGAUGCGUUAAUGAGAUGUUUCAUUACGCCAGGUAAGGAGAAAAUGGUGCUUUGUCCCCCAACCUAUGGUAUGUAUUCUAUCUGUGGUGUUGUUAAUGAUGUGACUAUUGUUAGUGUUCCAUUAGAUUUGGAAACUUUUGAUAUCAUCCCUGAAAACAUUUUAGAUGCAAUCAGAAAAGAUCCAUUGAUAAAACUGGUAUAUAUCACAUCACCUGGUAACCCAACAGCAAAGAAAGUUGAAGAGGCGAAGCUCUUUCAAUUAUUAAAGGGUAUCGAGGAAGAAAAUUUGAACGUUUUAGUUGUGCUUGAUGAAGCAUACAUUGACUUUGCCCCAGUUGGUUCGUCUUUGUGCACAUUGGUAAAUGAGCACCCAAAUCUUGUUGUUUUACAGACACUGUCGAAGGCCUUUGCGUUGGCAGGUAUCAGACUUGGCAUUACAUAUUCGAAUAAGGAGAUAUCUUUGUUACUGAAUUCUAUCAAGUACCCAUAUAAUAUUUCCAACCUGACCAGUGAUGUAGCCACCAGAGCAACAACAACAGGUGCAUUGAAGGAAACGCGGGAGAAGAUCAACAGAAUUAUAGAGCAGAGAUCCAUUGUUCUGGAAAAAUUAUUAGGUUUGAAGUAUGUCGGUAGAAACAGGGGAGGCUUAGAUGCCAAUUUCAUUUUAAUUGAAAUCUUGAACAAGGAUUUGCAGCCAGAUAACGAGGUUGCCAACAGGCUUUACUUGGCUUUAGCUAAGGAUAACAAAGUUGUAGUUAGAUUCAGAGGUAAAGAACUCGGCUGCAAUGGUUGUUUGAGAAUUUCUAUUGGUACGGCUGAAGAAAAUUCCAUCUUGGUAAGCACCUUUGCCAAGGUAUUGGAAGAGAUCAACCAAUAA